CAGGCCACCGUACUCUUCCGCUCCCAGAGGCCCCCGCGACGGAAGUCGUCACUCCGAAGGGACGGAGCCCACGCCGCGCACCCUGCAGCCAGCACGCCAUGGCGAUGGGCGGAGGCGGGGGUGGCGGUGGCAUUUCGGAGCAGGAGGACUCGGUUCUGUUCCGGCGUGGCACCGGCCAGAGUGAUGAUUCUGACAUUUGGGAUGAUACUGCAUUGAUAAAAGCUUAUGAUAAAGCUGUGGCUUCAUUUAAGCAUGCUCUAAAGAAUGGUGACAUUUCUGAAGCUUCAGAUAAACCAAAAGGCACACCAAAAAGAAAACCUGCUAAGAAGAAUAAAAGCCACAAAAAGAGCUCCACAACUCCCUUGAAGCAGUGGAAAGUUGGUGAUAAAUGUGCUGCCAUUUGGUCAGAAGAUGGCUGCAUUUACCCAGCUACCAUUGCCUCACUGGAUUUUAAGAGAGAAACCUGUAUUGUGGUUUAUACUGGAUAUGGAAAUAGAGAGGAGCAAAAGCUAUCUGAUCUACUUUCUUCAACCUCUGAAGUAGCUAAUAAUAAUGCAGAACAAAAUGCUCAGGAGAAUGAAAAUGAAAGUCAAAUUUCAACUGAUGAAAGUGAGAACUCCUCCAGAUCUCCUGGUAAUAAACCAAAUAAUAUCAAGUCAAAGGCUGCUCCAUGGAACUCUUUUCUUCCUCCACCACCCCCCAUACCAGGAUCAGGAAUAGGACCAGGAAAGCCAGGUCUAAAAUUCAGUGGCCCACCACCACCACCACCACCACCACCACUACCACCCCACUUCCUAUCUUGCUGGAUGCCACCAUUUCCUUCUGGACCACCAAUGAUUCCCCCACCACCUCCUAUUUGUCCAGAUUCUCUCGAUGAUGCUGAUGCUUUGGGAAGUAUGUUGAUAUCUUGGUACAUGAGUGGCUAUCAUACUGGUUACUACAUGGGAUUCAAACAAAAUCAAAAAGAAGGAAGGUGCUCACAUUUCCAUUAAGGAGUGCAGAUCGCUCCCAAGGAGACUAUUUUGAUGUGCCCUGGUUGAUGUGAACAAAACAUUCAUCAUUUUCUUCAUGAACCAACUCAUGGUUGGGUGGCAAAAUCAUCUGUAUUUACCCUUGUGUGUGAAUCGUGCUUUAAAAAAGCAACCAGGUAUUUCUAGGAAAUAUGAGUGUGAAUAACUGAACAAUGGAAACGUGAGUGAUUAAAAGAAACUCAAGAUCACAUAUAAUGCAGAAAAGUUUGUUAAAAUUGCGAUUGAACAUGUUUGUAUAUUGUAGCAUUCUUAGUAUGUUAAGCUUUUUUAAAUGCCUUUAUAAAUAAAUGAUAACUUUUUUUUAAACUUAGCUAUCUGAAUACUUUUCUUUGGAUUAUAUAUGGUGAGGUGGAACUCUAAAUUUCAGAAAGAAAUGUCUCAGGCUGAUUGGGCAGUGAAUCAAAUUGUUACUAUACAUUUGAUGGUUCCAGUCAGGAACCAAAGCUAUGUUGUUUCUUCUUUUUUUUUUAAGACUUGUUUUAUGUAUUACUCAUAUAAGACUUGGAUGUAGACCAGGCAAAUUUACUGAAAUACACUGCUGAGGGGAGCAGCAGGCAAGAUAGGAGAGGUCUGCUGUGUCAUGUG